UUUUUUUCUUCAUAUUCAUCAUUAUCGGUGCUACUUUUUUGACCGGCUGUGGGUUUACGGUGACCGGAGACGGCGGCGACGACAGUGGCAGCGGCUCAGAGUAAUAGAUAUGGCGGAAGACAAGUAUAAUCUGAAAAAUCCAGCGGUGAAGAGAAUCUUACAGGAGGUUAAAGAGAUGCAAUCAAACCCUUCCGAUGAUUUCAUGAGUCUUCCUCUUGAGGAGAACAUAUUUGAAUGGCAAUUUGCAAUCAGGGGUCCACGAGAUUCUGAGUUUGAACGGGGGAUUUAUCAUGGACGAAUCCAGUUGCCAGCCGAAUAUCCUUUCAAGCCUCCUUCUUUCAUGCUUUUGACACCAAAUGGACGUUUUGAAACUCAAACCAAGAUUUGUUUGAGUAUUUCUAAUCAUCAUCCUGAGCACUGGCAACCGUCAUGGAGUGUUCGCACUGCUUUGGUAGCUCUGAUCGCAUUUAUGCCUACCAGCCCAAAUGGUGCCCUUGGAUCACUAGAAUACACAAAGGAAGAAAGGCGUGUUUUAGCUAUUAAAUCUCGUGAUGUGGCUCCAAGAUAUGGGACUCCUGAGCGCCAGAAGCUGAUUGACGAGAUACAUGAUUACAUGCUAAGCAAAGCACCACCAGUUCCUCAAGCUACUACCUCACCAGCUCCUGAAGAACAGAACAGUAAUAGAGAGGAUGAGGUUCAAGAGAGUCCUGAGAACCCCAGCAAUGAAGCUACUGAAGAAAGACGUCCUAAUCCAUCUGUUGCUGACACAACUACUGAAGAAAGACGUGAAUUGGCUUUAGAUGCUGAUCCUGUACAGGCACCUAUAGCCCCUGCUGUACGGCCUAAUGAGCAUCGAAUAUUGCAUACACCUCAACAGAGCAUUCCGAGGCAGGCUGAUGACCGUUUCUUCACAUGGGCAGCAGUUGGAUUUACAAUCGCUAUACUUGCACUUCUGAUUAAGAAAUUCAUGAAAGCUAAUGGACACGGUGCUGUCUUUAUGGAUGAAUCGUAAAUCUGCCAGCAGUAAUUAUGGAGUUCAACAGGGGCAAUUUACUUCACUUUCAGCCAACUUAUGCAGAAAAAAUGUAGUAUAUUUAUCCUUUUGCUAUUGUGACAUCGAUUAUAAAGAUUGUCCAAUGUGUAAACAUGAUUUACCAGAUAUUAUUUUCAUAGUGUUAUUGUAUAGAAAAACAAUUGUCUUUUCUCUGAAGAUGUGAACAAGUUAAGAUGAAGCAAAGAAAUUCAGUUUGACAUCGA